AAAAAAAAGUUGUACGAGCGUGACUUCUAUUCCACGGGACUGACAAAGGUAUAUGAUAUGAGCCGGAUCUCCAAAGGUGGUGUAUAUGAAAACAUUGCAACGUGGAAAUUACUAGAAGAUCGAGGUGAAGUGAAAGCUAAUUGAAAUAGUGUGUACCUUACGCUUGAGGACAUUACUAGAUGCGUGAAUCUCACUAUGAAUUGCAGAUCAACGCCUGAUCGUGAUCAUGUGGUCGUUGAUUCUCAGAUAAAUAUUAUGCUUUUGAUGUUGGGUCUUCAGUGAGGAAGUCCAAUUGAUAUAGGCUUUGGCCUAUUCAAGAAUAGUGUAUAAAUUUUGGGUUUUGUUUUCAUUUGAUCAAAAUGAUGAGCUAAAAGAUUACCAUAUUAGCUAGAUAAAUAAUCUUCCGUAAAAUAAAUUAUCACUUUCUUAAUUUAAAGAACGUAAGAAAAACUUCUUAGAUAAUUUUCCAAACUUGUAAGAAACCAUGACAGAUAAUUAAACUUUCCCUGGUGUUCUUGCAGGAAGAUGGGCCACGGAACCUUUCUCGUUCAAAUAAUGACAAGAUUAAGAAACAUGUUUUUAAACAUACAUAAGAUACUAAAUUUAGCUCACCAAUGUUACAAAUCAUGUUGAGCAAAACUAGCAACAGAGCUGCUAUCAUUGCCAUCUUAAUCUCCCUGAUCCUCUAUUCAUCAUCUAUAGUUGCCUAUAGCAGAUUGCUGAACAGACUCUACCUUCCAUCAUCACUGACAGGCCCUGAGUCCCUAGCAUUUGAUUCCAUUGGUGGAGGGCCUUACACUGGUGUUUCUGAUGGAAGAAUUCUAAAAUAUGAUGGACCAAAUUCUUGUUUUCUUGAAUUCGCUCACAUUUCACCAGAUAGGGACAAAACAAUGUGUGAUGGAAUUUCUGACUUCUCAGAACUCCAAGAAACAUGUGGGAGGCCUAUGGGGUUGAGUUUCAAUUACAAGACAGGGGAAUUAUAUAUAGCCGAUGCAUAUUAUGGGCUUGUGAAGGUUCCUUAUGAUGGAGGUACUGCAACACAACUUGUUGCUAAUAAUGAACAAGGCAACCCUUUUGGGUUUCUUGCUGGUUUGGAUGUAGACCCCCAAACUGGAAUCGUUUAUUUCACGGAAGCCAGCUCUGCUUACAAGAUCAGGGAUCUCCAUAAGUUGCUAAAUGGCACGCAGGAUUAUUCUGGAAGACUAUUCAGAUAUGAUCCAACAACCAACGAAACAACAUUGUUGCUCAGUGAUCUAGCUGUUGCAGCAGGGGUAGCAGUAAGCAACAAUGGUUCAUUUGUCCUUGUUAGUGAGUACAUGGCAAACAGAAUCAAGAGAUUCUGGCUUAAAGGACCUAAUGCAUAUACUUCAGAUAUAUUCUUGCGGCUUCCAGGAAGACCAGAUAACAUCAAAAGAAACUCGGCGAACGAGUUUUGGGUGGCUGUGAACUAUCCUUUUGGUUCGCCGCCACCACCGAUACCUCCUGUUUUGCCUCUAGGACUUAGAGUAAAUGAACAAGGUUUAAUUAUACAGGCUGUGCCUCUUGUUGAGGAGUUUAGCACUGAAUCAGUCAGUGAAGUUCAAGAAUCUGAGGGAAAACUCUAUGCUACGUCGUUGCAUGAAUCCUAUGCUAACAUUCUCACACUCUAGUUUUUCCCUCACUGCUGCUGUGUGUAUGGUAAUAAAAGUAUAUAAGGGUAUAAAAUAAAUAAAGAAUUUAUUGAUCCAUGUAUGAUACUAUGAUAGAGAACUAGAAAACCUCAUUGAUCUUCUAAUCAUUUGCAGCACUAUUUUGUCGAAGAUCGAGUCCAAGAUAUAUAUUGUGCAACUCGGGGAGGUUAGGCAGAUAAAAUAAAUCCAUUACAAACUCCCUGCCCUCACCUGAAUUCUACUUCCUUACAUUCUGCAUAAACUCAACCUCAUUCAGAUGAAAAUGUAAAGAAAUCAUUUUAGAAUAUCAAAACCACAUCAUAUGAUUACAUGCUAAGCUAAUGGAGCAAAGAUAUAGUUAAUUGCCGCCCUCCUAGCUACUCUGUUGUAUCUAAACCUACAUAGCAGCAAUACUUUAGAUUAAAAGCGUGUCUAGUGUCAGAAAUGUGUCGAUGUCAGUCAUGGACGCAAUUCCAACACAUUGAAUUUUUUAAAUUAUUACCAGUGUUGAUGUGUCACAGUUAGUGUAGUGUCUGGCGUUGUCUAUUGUAUUUCAUAGAUUUACACAUUUUUUAUUGGACAUUUAAAUAUGGAAAAUCAUGGGUUGUGAGAGUAAUCUUACAGAACAAAGAUCAAUUCCUUCUAUGGAGUAAAUUAUAUGAAUUUGAUGGCCAUAUUGCUGGUACACUCCCCAAAAUAGUUAUAUAUCACUAUCAUUUCAUGAAGACAUUCAUAAAUAAGUGUUGCUUUAGGCUUCUUUAAAAGAUCUUGCCCCUCAUUAUUGAACUAGUUUUUAUCGCAUGACAUGCAGUGCAUAUCAAGAACAGAAGAAGAAAAGAAAUAUUUUCAUAUAAGCAAUAGCUAUUUUCAUAUAGUCAAAAGAUAAAAUGUGAUCAAACUAUUUUCAUAUAAGCAAUAGCUAUUUUCAUAAGAUUUUGGUGUAGAGCUUAUCAAAAUUAGCUGAAAACAG